AAGACAUCUACUGACACUUACAGAUGAUGUGAAACUUGCUGCAGUUUUCAGUCAUGUCUUCUACAAGAAAACACGUCCAGUAGUUCAUCUGGAAAGAGUUGUUUAAUUUCAGCUGAAGUGCAGUCUCAUCCACAAUCACAAUGGAGCAAAAGAAGAAAGCCUGGCCCAAUUUUCGCGAGAGAGCAAAGUUAAAUCUGUUUGGAAAGAAGGGUCUGGGGAGGAAGAAGAAGACCCCGCUGAAACACAGGAGGAGUAUGUCAGUACCAGACAUCAGGUUUCAUCCUCAUGCCUUGAGAAUGGCUUUGCAAAAUGAUCCCAGGACACCAGGUCAAGACUCCGUUUUCUUUGGAAACCUGGAGGGUCCAGGUGACUUGGAUGAAACAGCAAGUGAAACCUCCAGUCUUGGAUUAUCUGAGCAGUUCUGUGUCACCGACAGGUCAUACUCCUGCAGCCCAGCGCCAUCAGAGAAAUCAGUUCCUGCAGACUUUACACUUCCAAUGGAAACUGAUAAGCGGCCAAGAGCCACGACAUGGUACAUAGAUGAAUUAGAUGCAGCGACUGGAUCUUUACCUCCACCCACAGAAAGACUGAUAACACCUGUGCCUGCAGAGAGGAAAUCGCCCGGUCAGAGACCAAAGAACCCUUCGGAUAAAGUGGCUGCAGCCCUUAGUAGAGCCGGAAGACAGAUGCCUCCUGCGCGAGCUUCAGAUGAGAUGUGUACAUGGACCAACACAGAGUCAGUCUGCACUACACCAUCUGAGGAGAAAGCCUGCAUCUCUUCUCCUACUGAGCAUGUGCAGGUUUAUCCACUGGAAAUGUUCAUUGCAGGGUCCGCAGAGGACAUGGACAAUCUCAAUGAAACCAGUGACUUUGAUACAGAACAAGAACGAAACAUCUCAGAAGGGUUACAUGACAGUCAAAGUGCUCUAACACAGCAGAAGGUCCAGUAUCUCCUCACCAUCAAUCUAAAGGAAGGCAGAAACCUGGUUGUCAGAGACCGCUCAGGUACAAGUGACCCAUUCGUCAAAUUCAAAUUAGAUGGCAAACAGAUCUACAAAAGCAAAGUUGUGACCAAGAACCUGAAUCCCACCUGGAAUGAAUGCUUUUCCUUCCCCGUCAGAGACCUCGAUCAGACUGUUUUUCUCAAGGUGUAUGAUCGUGACCUAAGAUCCAAUGACUUCAUGGGAUCAAGCAGCUUUUCUCUCCAACAACUGGAAUUGGACAAAACAACUCCGAUGGCUUUAUCUUUGGAGGACGCCAACAGUGUGGAGACCAACAUGGGAGUGAUCAUUAUAGAGACCUGCCUGUCCAUCCGAGAGGAACCUGCCAAACGGAAUAAGUGGCUUCUAAGAAGAAAGGGAAGCAUCAAUAAGGGUCAGCAGGCUGGGCGACUCAUGAAGAAUCAGGUUUGGACUGGAGUUUACACCGUCAUCCUGGUGGAAGGCCAGGACAUGCCCGACUGCGGUCAGGGAGACAUCUACGUACGCUUCAGAUUGGGAGACCAGAGGGUCAGGAGCAAGAAUCUGUGUAUUAAGGCAAACCCGCAGUGGAGAGAGUCUUUCGACUUUAACCAGUUCCAGGAUGCACAGGAGAAUCUCAUGGUGGAGGUUUGCUGCAAGAGGGGCAGGAAGUCGGAGGAGUGCUGGGGAGUUCUGGAUAUUGACCUGACCAGACUUCCUGUCAAUCAGAGGCAGUUAUAUACUCAUUCGCUGGACCAAAGCAAUGGUCGACUGGUGUUUUUGGUCACACUGACCCCGUGUUCUGGUGCAUCCAUCUCAGACCUCCAGGCGGCUCCAUUAGAUGACCCCAAGACCUUUGAGAGGAUGCAGGAGCAAUAUAGACCGAUGAACUUCCUGCGGGACUUGAAGGAUGUUGGCUAUCUUCAAAUCAAGUUGAUAAAAGCCACAGAUCUUCCAUCAACAGAUAUAAGUGGUAAAAAUGACCCCUUUUGUACCGUUGAGCUCGGUAAUAGCAAACUGCAAACUCACAUGAUAUCCAAAACCCUGAAUCCUGAAUGGAGAACAGCCCUAACAUUCCCCAUUAAGGACAUCCAUGACGUUCUGGUGCUGACAGUCUAUCAUGAUGAUGGGGACAAAGCUCCAGACUUCCUGGGAAAAGUUGCCAUUCCUUUGCUGACUGUUUCUAAUGGUCAACAAAUAACCAGAAUGCUGAAGAAUAAUAAUCUAUCAAGGGUGACCAAAGGAAGCAUCACUGUGGAGCUGGAUGUCCUCUACAACCCUAUCAAAGCAGGAUUCAAAACCUUCCAGCCGAAAGAAACAAUGUUUGCAGAGGACAACCCGAAGUUUAACAAAAAGCUUUUAGCACGUAAUAUCUAUCGAGUGAGGAAGAUCAGCGUGGCCAUUCUCUAUACGCUGCAGUAUAUUAACAGCUGCUUCCAGUGGGAGAACACACGGAGGAGUAUUACAGCCUUGCUGAUAUUUGUGUUGACAGUCUGGCUUUGGGAGCUGUUCAUGUUGCCCCUCUUCCUCCUCCUGCUCAUUGGCUGGAACUACUUCCACAUCACACCAGGCAUGGCCAGCUCCAGUCAGGACUUGGAGAACAUGUCCGUGGCCGAGGACGAGGACGAAGAUGAAAAGGAAUCAGAGAAAAGAGGACUGAUGGAAAAAAUCCACAUGGUUCAAGAAAUUGUGCUUACAGUUCAGAGCACUUUAGAUGAAGUGGCUUGCAUCGGGGAAAGAGUGAAAAACACAUUCAACUGGUCAGUGCCGUUCUUGUCAUUCCUGGCCUGCCUGGCUCUGUUUCUGGCGACUACCUCCUUGUACUUCAUCCCACUGCGCUACAUAGUUUUAGUGUGGGGUGUUACCAAAUUUACCAAGAAGCUUAUCAACCCAUAUGCCGUUAACACAAAUGAAAUACUGGAUUUUCUCAAGAGGGUGCCUUCUGAUGUUCAAAAGGUGCAGUACAGCGAACUGAGAGCCGAGCUCGGCAACCAGGGCCCGGUGAAGAAGAAACGCUUGCGCUGAAACCCGAUGGACGUGUCGGAUGAAAGAGACGGGCGGCGUUUCAGGACACGGUCUGUUUAAGUCAUAUUGCCCCUGUGCGAGUGGAGGAGGAGCCCCCUUGUGCCAAGCCAUCCGCAUUGCCACUGAGGUGUAUUCAUCGACUGUGUUGUACUGUGUGUGUGUGUGUGCUUAUA